UUGCACCGCGUGCCAAAGCUGCAGCCACUAUGACGAUGGGGCCUGGAACCUUAGUCUACAUGCCUCCAGAGGCCUUUGCACCGGCUAAGGCUGAGAAGUCCAAAUACGACGCCAGCAUCGACGUGUUCUCUUUUGGAGUUAUCACCAUUUUCACACUAAGCGAAAGGUUUCCAUGCGAUCUUCUAGAGCCCACGUAUUUUGAUACGAGGAGCGGGGCCCUAACAGCCCGUACCGAACUGGAACGACGCAGUGAGUACGUACAAGACGUGAAAGAAAGGUUGCUAGACGGUGGCCGGGAGCACCCACUCAUUCGUCUGAUCCAGCAAUGUCUUCACAACGACCCUCUCAAACGCCCAAGUGCUCGCGUGCUCCUGCACCUACUGGAGGAGGCAAAAGGUUGCAUCAGAGAUGACGAAGAAAGCGAGUCUAAAAAACGCCAACUAAUGCAGUGUGCUACUCAGAACCAGUCGAACGGGACCCAGAAUUUGGAGCGCAUUCUUCAAGGUCUAGUGAUACAGAAUGCAAAUCUUGAGUCCCAAAUCCAAGAACUGCUAUCCAAGAACCAAAGUUUUGAACAGGAGGUUGUGCAGGCACUGGCUGAGGCUCAGCAGCAACUCAGAGAGAAGGAAGAAAAGUUUCAAUCCAGCCAGAAGGAGCAGGAGAAAGUUAAACAGUUCCUUAAAGCAGAGGUGACUAGGGCAGAAGAGGUUAUUAGCAGAAAGCAGCAGCAGAUUCAGGAGCUGAAACAGCAAGAGACUGAGUUAUUGCAGGUCAAAGAGAGAGAGCUGGCUGAAGCUCGGCAAAAAUUGAGGCAAAAGGAUAAACAUUUGCAGUUCAGUGAGGCAUUAGUAGCUGACUUAAGACUCCAACUAGCAAAGUAUUUUGACUCAUACGCGUGCAAAGUCAGUGGGCCUGGACUAUCAGCAGCUACAGUCAACAACCCAACACACGUCCUAGUCGAAUUAACUGACUCUGGAGGCAAGCCAUACUCAACAUCACAGCUGAGCAUCACGGCCGAGCUUGAACACCUGCCGAAGGUAAAAUAUGCCGUGCGACCUGCAACUCCUGCAACUGGUGCAAAGCGAUUGAAGCUAAAACAGUUACCUGCGGGAAAGUGCUUAUCAGUAACUACGAUAUCUCCUUCCCAGUAUAAGGUGCUAUACACGGCUGUUAGUCAAGGCCAACACAAACUUCACGUUUGUAUCAACGACAGAGAAAUCAAAGGCAGCCCCUUUACAUUGACUGCAUAUAUCGACCCUACGCAGCUAGAGCGUCCAGUGACAGUUGUGAAUAACUUGAGUGGACCAUGCGGCAUUGCUUUCAACAGCCGAGACGAGAUGAUUGUCAGUGAGUGUAGUGCACACAGACUGUCCAUCUUUGACAGCCGAGGAAAGCCUAUUACAACAUUCGGAUCACAUGGUGAAAGGCCAGACGAUAUGAUAGCCCCUGCGGGCAUAGCACUCGAUGAUGCCGACAACAUUUACGUGAGUAGCGAGCACAAGCUCCAAAAGUUUACUAGCAGCGGCGAGCUGAUCAAAUGCAUCGGUCGAAAGGGAAAUAAGGAAGGGGAGUUUGAUGAUCCACGUGGCGUAACAGUCUAUAAUAGCCACGCUUACGUGUGUGACAGAAAUAACCAUCGUAUUCAAGUAUUUGACGUGGAUAUUAGCUUUGUUCGCUCCAUCGGUUCUUACGGCAAACAAACACGUCAGUUCAACGCACCACUUGAUGUUCAAUUUGAUGCCACCGGAAAUAUGUACGUAUCAGAGUUAGGAAAUAAGAGAGUGCAAGUUUUCGACGGCAUUGGCAGAGCUAUACGUAUAAUUGGUCAGGAAGGAGUUAAACUCCGUGCACCCUCAGGUCUUCAUGUUGCUGACAAGUACGUGUAUGUGUCCGAUUCUAGCAGUCAUUGGAUUGUGGUGUAUGAGACCAAUGGUCAGUUUGUGACUUCAUUUGGCAGCUAUGGCCUGGGAGAUGGGUACUUUGAUAGUCCAUACGGCAUCACCUCCUGCCUCAAUGGGCAUAUAUAUGUAUGUGACUGCGACAAUGACCGAGUACAAAUAUUCUAAUGCUGUAGUAAUUAUUAUCAUGUGUAUUAUAACAAGGCUAUAUAUUAUAUAUAAUAAUUGUAG